UUGUAGUAUUUAGGUUUGUAUAGACAUAUAACCUCUAACGUGUAUUUGAUUAUAUUUUGUUAAGCGCAAGAAGUGAAGCAAAAUUCAAACAUAAGUUUAUGUUUUGAUUUAUUAAAUUUAUUAUUUUUAUCAAACAAUUGUUAAGUUCGUAUUACUUGCAACAAUAUAAAUAUAGGACAAAUUGUGUAUAUACUUGUGUACACAAUCUAGCAGAAGGAAGCAAAAAUGCUUACAGAUGUAAAUAAAUAAAUCAGAAAUUAAGUAAUUAUAAAAUAACUAAAAAUCCAUUAUCAUACACGCAUACACGUAUGUUGUGAAGCAAUUAUUACGUAUCACUGUAUCAUUAUGAGUGAGAGUGCAGAAACGCAAAGUAAGGAUAGUGCGGUGUCUGUGAUAACUGAGCAGGAACGUGAAUUGGCUCAAAAUGCAUUGUUGGAAUUUCAAAAAGGCUCCUAUGCAUCAUGUUUGUUAUAUUUAAAUAAAUUGGAGAGUCUUCGGCCCAUGGAUCUGAAGGUUACGCAUAACAAAGUUGUUGUGGAAUAUUAUAAAAGUGAUCUGAAGAAAACUGAAUUGAUGCAAAAGAGCUUGAAUGCAAUAUGCGGUCAAAUAUCAACGAUGGAUUCUAGUGAGGCUAUUGACGAUGUCGAGAAAUGCAUCAUGAGGUACAACCAAGCUGUCCUGCUGUAUCAUACUAAGCAAUAUAACACUGCUCUUCGAGUGAUGAAUAAAUUUUUUGCCUUCAUCGAGCCGAUGGAAGAGACUCUGGCGCAUAAAGUUUGUCUGUUACUUAUCGAGUUAUAUAUAGUAAUAGAGCAACCAGACGCAGCUUUAUCAAUUAUAGAGUAUGUUGAAAGCCAGUUUGUAUCUCUCGACAGCUCUAAAAUACCAUCAGUCGAUAAAGAAGGAAUAACGAAGUCUAUUAAGGAACAGAAAGAACAAAAGAAAGAUGUUUCUGAUACAUUAGCAGAUGCUUUCAAGAUUAAACUCUUAAAAUGUAAAGCAAGAGUAUAUCUCCUGACUCAUCAGUUAAAGCUCUGCAAAAAAGAGUGGAAGACGUUAGUUUCAUUAGGCACACCAGCGAAUACAUCAACGAUCUUCUUGAAAGCUAAUCUAGAAUACUUACGAGGAAAUUACAAGAAAGCAAUGAAGCUAUUAAAUUCCACAACGAUAGAGAACUUAGAUUUCAAAUUAUGCGGAGAAUCUUCUGCCGUCUUAUAUUAUAAUAACGUAGCAUGCUUGCAUCUUGCAAUGGGUAAGCCAAAUCUGGCUUGUUUUUAUCUUCAGAAAGCUCUAUAUGAGAAUAAAUAUGCGGUGGAGAAUGUGCAAGUUAAAGAUACUGAUCCUUUGUCUCAGCCACUGUACAUGUUGGGUGGCAAUAAGCAUUAUGAACUAAUGUACAGUUUAGGAGUGUCGUUGUUGCAUGCUGGUCAAAUUUCAAAAGCCUUUGAUUGCUUUACGGAAGCAGCACAGAGAUUGCAUAAUAAUCCUAAGCUCUGGCUCAGAAUGGCAGAAUGUUGUAUUUAUAGCCAUAAAUAUUCAAAUGAAAUUGAUUUUGAUAUAUCAAAGCGACGAAAAGACUUGGUGCAGAAAGUUAUAGGUUCCGGUAUUUAUAGAAAGAUUAUCCUAGCUACAUCUCUUUCAAAUGGCAUAAAUUAUCAUACAGAAGAUCUAUCCUAUGCAAUACCACAGCCAACAUUGGAAUUUGGAUCUUUAUGCUUGAAAAAUGCAUUAUUUUUACUACCAAACAAUGAACCAAAUGUACUUGUGACAAAUAUAACGAAUACACAAACAAUGUCGCUAUCAUUAACAUCUGGUCAUAGUUUAGGUGUUCAUCAUGCGGCAUUAAUGUCCCAAGCUACGAUUACUGAAUGUUUUAAUUUAAAAAUUAGUGUAUUGGCCGCUAGUACAUACAUUUCCUUAUGUCUUGGAGAUUACAUACUUGCUUUUGAGCACGCAAAGUCUUUGUUGAGUCUCAAUAAAUUGCCUGGAGCUUAUAAAAUGUUAGGUAACUUGUAUGCUGCUGAAAGUCUCAUCUAUAUGGAUAAAAUCAGUGAAGCACUCGAAUACCUUAAACCAGAAAAUCUUCAAGAUUUAAAUACAUUUACACCUAUAUCAGAAAUACAAGAAAAAGAUAAAGAAAAAGCGGAAGAAAUUGUGACAAGACCUAUAAAAAAAGCAUGGUAUCCUACAACAGUUUCUACAGCCACCGCUAUAUUACGUUAUAAUUUAGCUGUGGCUUAUGCCAUACAAGGUGAACUAGAAAAAUCAGGAGAAACCUUAAAGCAAGUAUGGAUGUCGAAAGAACCAAAUUGUGAUAUACCUAUACAAGUUAUAAUGUUGGCCUUGUACAUAGAAUUGCAAUUAGAUUUGAAUACGUGUAUGUACAUAAGGCUAAUAUACGAGCAUAGAUCUUAUAGAUAUGGACUGGCCAUUGGCUAUAGUUUCUGUACAGAAAUAGUGUCUGAAGGAGGUUGGAGGGGAAAAGCAUGCUUUUCAGUACUUCUCUCUCUGCAGUGUCCGGAAGUCAUGCAGAUAUUUCAAAAUCUAUAAUAAAAAAGCAUUGUCCACAAUAUCGUUAACAUAGAAGAUCUGUUUAAGAGAUCUUAAAACGCUAUUAAUAUUAUAUUAAUACAAUAUAUAAUAUUUAUACUGCUAAGUAUAUGUAUAUAUAUGAGAAGAAAA